AUAUACACUCAUCAUCAUUAGGUUUUCAGUUACUCGCUCAUCGCGUUUUAAGAGUUGAUAGCUCCCGCGUUCUUUCUUCACCAAAGGGAUUUUGAGAAAUCAUGGAAAUGGAAUUGAACAAACUCUCAGACUUACUUCAAAAAAUGGAACAUCAUCCUUCGUCUUCGUCUUCGUCUUCUGCUGCUCCUACCACCCCCUUGGAAAUAGUCAGCAGAUUUCGUCUUCGUCUAUUGAGUCUUCGUGCUCGAAGGUCACCACCACCUGACGUACAUCAAAAAAUGCAACAUCCUCCUUCGUCCUCUGCUGCUCUGAAACCCCGCAGAAGAAGAAGCUCAGUUCUUCAAUCAAGUGAUUUUAAUGAGAUCAAAGAUCCUACCAAAAAGGAUAGGAUAACCAAAUGUGCCACUUUGGCAAUACGGGAUUAUAAUUCACAAACUCAGAACCACUACCAAUUGGUCGUUGUUGAUACGUUUACUUCGCGAUAUGUUAACGGUUUCCUUUACGGUAUCACCUUUCAAGCCAGCAAUGCUGACGUGGAAUAUGCAACUUUCGAAGCCCGGGUGUUUGGAUUUGGAAAAAGAGAGUUGGAUUUAAAAAAGGUUAUUAUAAUCAGGAUGGAAGGGACCAGUACUUGGUACAAUGGCACUCUCAUGCAGCUGGAGGAUGAUGCUCCAAUUGUGAUGGACGUGAAAGAUCAUAAGAGAAAUGUUUAUGGCCUUAUUAAAUCUGCUCAACAGCUCAGGAUGCCAGAUGUUGGAUCUGUCAUGAUAAAACAAGAUGAAGGCGAGGAAACUGCUGAAGCAUUGCCUGAGUAAAGAUAUUUGGGGGGAAGUGGUGAAAUCAAUUAAGAGGUUGUCUUGGUUAAGAAAUGGAGUCUUUUUGUUUGUGUUAUAAGUUGUAUGUUAACUUUCUAGAUUGUAUUUUGAGAUAACCUUUCUGGCUCUUUAAAAACUCGAGCGACUCAUUCCCUUACACAACAUUGAAAUGAAUGACAUCUUUGAAUAUGGUUGCUCUUC